UUUACAUAUCUGUGAACACACGUUGACUUUAGGCGUGAAACUGGCCAUUUGGUUUUCAACCAUUAUAUGUGUUGUUCUCUCUGCUUAGAGCACUCACUCCUCCAACCCUGUUCUCUGUCAAGAAAAUUGCUUUCUUCAAGAACCAACUUAACUAUUACUUUGUUCAACAGAUUAAGUCACUCCCAACCCUCAGCUCCCAUAACUUCUCUUUCUGUAUUUGCCACACCCAAUCAUAAUUAUCUGUGACUUCCUGUCUCUUCCACUAGACUGUGAGCAUCUCCAGGACAGAAACAGUGACAGUGUCCUAAACAUCUCUAUCUCUGCAUUACCCAGGCCAAAGCAGAAACCCUUGGUGUAAAUCAAGUAAAUUAGUAACUGUUUGAUGAGUGUGUGAGUGUGUGAAUGAAGACCGUCUACAGUAAGCUUUGCCAUGCCACGCUUGAAGAUGCUACUGCGGAGGGUUUCCAGGGCCGUGAGCUUUCGUCUCCUGCCUGUCAGGGCUGACUGCUGGACGCCGAGGCUGAGUCCAUGCUGAUGGGAGAUUAAGCCAGGGGUGGCAAAUACAUGGAGUGUGUGCUGCCGCCCCCCUCCUGUGUUCCUGACAGUCACGGCUAAUUGGCCACAGCACAUACUACACGGGACUGGGAGUCCUCAGCACACUACUCCAGGCAGCCACUUCCAGUUGAUUGAAGUCUGUGUUUUCAGCGAAGCCUGUUUGCUCUCCCUGGUUCAAGCCCUUACGAGUGAUGUCAUCCUGCUUGAAGCUGUCACUUGGAUCAUCAGCCACGUAGGCCUCAUGGCCUCUGGGCACUCCUAGUUUCUUUCUCUCAGAGGUCACAGACCAGUCUUGGUAUUUUCCGUGGGACUUACGGGGAGGAUCUUCUCUUGUCAUCCUGCUGUUUGCCAGGUGGGCUCCUCAGGUCCACAUCGAUAGUCACUGCCCUCAGAGCCAGGGCACCGGCUACCUCCCAGCUCGCCUGUCUUCUAAAGGGCAGUCAGUGCGCAUCCUCAUUGCUUGGGGGGGUCUCUCCCUGGAUAUUGAAGAGACCCUGGAGAUCAGUGAACUGAAAGGCGGAAGAGUGAAUGAAGUCCAUCAUCAUCCUUUAUUUAAUUUAAAUGGUUUGAAACAGUUUUGAGUUUGCCAACAUUUAAACUACAGAGUUCUAGCUUUAUUGGGAAAAAUUGGAAGUCCCGGGAUCACUCUGGGCCGCUGUUCCCCCCGACGCUCCGUAGCCACAGCCCUUCCUAGUUCAUGUCACUUACGAGCAUUGCCAGGCCCUGAGAGCCGCUUGAACUUGUAGCCGCUGAUUCUCGUUUUCCUGCCCCCUUGCUCUGCCCGGUCAUACUGUAGGGAACCCUGGGGCAACUGCAGAAUAGGGUUGGGCUCUGAGCUCAGCCUAGACAGGCAGAUGCAUGGGUGCAUGACCUGCCCCGGUAGACAACUGCUACUAACCACAUUGUCCAAGAAAGGAGUGGCAGAGGUUACAGUGUGGUCCCUGGGGCAUUUUGAUUUCUACUUUAAACUCACUAUUUGGAUUUUUCAGGUCUUCCUAGAAGAAAAUACUUGAGAAUCUGGGCUUCCGGCCCGUGGGAUUGCUAAGUCACACAGCUGACAAUGGCAGGGCUAAAACUAGAACCCUGGCAGUGCUCACUCCUGCCUUCGUGUUCUUUCCACCCUCCUCUAGUAUCGUCCAAGGAAUUUGGGUGGCUAGAAGACAUGGCAGAGGCUAGGUGACGUUCAGAAAAAUGAUGGGUAAAAAUGAAUCGGUCAGGGCAGUCCUGGCACUGUUAGUUGCCAGUCAUAUCCCGUAAGUGACUCUUCUUUGGAGGAGCUGUUUCCCUGCAUGUGACUGAGGACAGAGUGAAGUGAGGCCUUGUCAGUAACUAUAUUCCAAAGUCAGCGGAGAAGGUGAAAGUCGUACUUAACCAAAAAUCACAGUCUGCCUGAAAAUCGUUUGGCAAGAAGCCAUUUCAGAAACCGACACAGUCUUUCAAUAAGCUAUCCAGCACAGCUGGGUUUUCUUGUUUGAACAGGAGAUGAAAGAGUCAGCUCGCAUUAGGGACUGUGCUGUGUGAAAGACACUGCACUCGCUCUCAGUGGAAAGAGGCUCGUGGGAAUGAGGACCAGCCUGGAGAAGAGCGAAGUCGUGGGUCUCCUUACCACAUGCUCCCACUGGGGCAGCCAGCCUGAAUGGAACUGGCUGUGCUGUUUCAAUUCUGCUCCUGUUUCUGGUCUUUGCAUGUAGUAGAAGUUACAGCGCAGCGAAACCGUGCAGCUAUCUGAUGAGAGUCCACUUGCUCGGAAGAUGCAGUGAGGUUAUGAAUGGAGAGUGCUUAGCACCAUGCCCUGCACCUGUGGGCACUCAUGAGCCUUGGGGAACAGUGUGCCUCUUGUAAGAGCCCUUUGAAGGACACACCGUGGAUGCAGAAAGACGUUGGAUGAGGACAGCCCACCUGAAGUGAGGCACCCCGGCCAGACUAUGGCUUUGGCCCUGGAAUCCCAGGCCCAGGCCUCUCCCAAACCAGAGCCUGAAGAACUCCUGAUUGUGAAACUGGAGGAGGACUUGUGGGGCUCAGAAUCCAAACCCCGAGAAAGGGCCCGCGACCCUAUUCCUGGCCCUGAGGCCUCCCGCCAGCGCUUCAGGCAGUUCCAGUACAGGGACGCGGCUGGGCCCCAUGAAGCUUUCAGCCAGCUCUGGGCUCUUUGCUGUCGCUGGCUGAGGCCGGAGAUCCACCUCAAAGAGCAGAUCCUGGAGCUGCUGGUGCUGGAGCAGUUCCUGACCAUCUUACCCAGGGAGGUCCAGACCUGGGUGCAGGCACGCCACCCCGAGAGUGGUGAAGAGGCAGUGGCCCUGGUGGAAGACUGGCACCGAGAAGCCCGGGCUGCAGGACCGCGGGAACUGCAGCCAGGUCCAGAGGAGGCCAGACUCUUAGAGGUGGGACACGAGUCCCAGAGCUUCCAGCUGCAGCCCGUGACUCCCUGGCCUGAGGGACAGUCCCAGAACCAGUGGGUGAAGAGUGCCGGGCCUGACCGUCCCAAUCAUCUGAAUGCCAAGAUGGCUCCACAGCCCCUGAGAGAGAGUGCUGUCCUCACUCCCCGUGCCCCUACUCUCCCAAAGAUGGGGAGCAUUGGAGAUUGGGAGGUGACAGCUGAGUCCCAGGAAGCCCUAGGCCCUGGCAAGCAUGGCGUGGAGUUCUGCAGGGACUCCCCAGGAGACAACUGUGGGGACAGCGUGUGCCUGGGAGUUCCAGUUUCAAAACCCACCGUCACCUCCCGGCCAGGGCAAGGGCCAGAAUCUUGGGAUCCACGCCUCGUGAACGCUGGGAAAAAGAGCACUGCAGAUUACAGCCUGGAUGACGAGCAAGUGGCAGCAGCUCAGGCACUGGCCUGGAGGGACUCGAGGGCCUGGGAAGAGCAGUGCCACGGGGACGCGGAGGACAUGAAGGUGUCUGGUGUGCACUGGGGCUACGAGGAGACCAAGACCUUCCUGGCGAUUCUGAGUGAGUCUCCUUUCUCUGAAAAGCUCCGGACCUGUCACCAGAACCGCCAGGUGUACCGAGCCAUCGCAGAGCGGCUGAGAGCACGGGGCUUCUUGCGGACGCUGGAGCAGUGUCGCUACAGGGUCAAAAACCUCCUGCGGAAUUACCGGAAAGCCAAGAGCAGCCACCCGCCAGGGACCUGCCCCUUCUAUGAGGAGCUGGAGGCCCUGGCCAGGGCUCGGACAGCCAUCAGAGCCACAGACGGCCAUGCAGAGACUGUGACGCUCCCAAGGCUGGGGGAUAGUGAUGCCGAAAUGGAGGACCAGGAGGAAGGGAGCUGGGAUCCCGAGGAAGCAGGAGACUGUAGCGGUGCUGGCCUGGCCACCGACGAGUCCACCCCGGUGCCCAGGCUUGCAGGGGCCCCAGCUCUGCUCCAGAGCCGUAUUGCAGGUGUGCACUGGGGCUACGAGGAGACCAAGAUCUUCCUGGCAAUUCUCAGCGAGUCCCCAUUCUCUGAAAAGCUUCGCACCUGUCACCAGAACAGCCAGGUGUACCGGGCCAUCGCAGAGCGGCUGUGUGCACUGGGCUUCCUGCGGACGCUGGAGCAGUGUCGCUACAGAUUCAAAAACCUCCUUCGAAGCUACCGGAAAGCCAAGAGCAGCCACCCACCCGGGACGUGCCCCUUCUAUGAGGAGCUGGACUCACUGAUGAGGGCUCGGGCCGCGGUGCGGGCCAUGGGAACUGUCAGGGAGGCUGCGGGCCUCUCUGGGUCUGGGCAGAGCAGUACCGAGGCUGACGACCAGGAGGUCUGGGCUGAGAUGGCAGAUGAAGAUGCCGUCAGACCUCCAGCCCCAUGUCCUAAAACCCUAGACCCGGGUUUGGAGAGGAGGCAUGAGGACGAAGGCCAGAUUUCAGACCAGGACGUGUUCGAGGAUUUGCCUGGAGCCUUGUCGAAAUGUCCUACAGGGGCUGUUUGCCAGCCGAACAGUUGGGGACAAGAUAGUGAAAAUGAAAACGUGGGUGAGGGGCAGUGGGGAAAUUCCCCACAGGAACGCUGGGAAGAAUGUUCUUCUGAAGAGGACUUGGAGAAACUGAUAGACCAGCAAGGCCUGUACCUCGUGGAGAAACCCUGCCGGUGUGACACCUGCGUGAGGAGCUUCAGCCGGAGCUCCCACUGCGUCGCCCACCAGCGGAUCCACACCGGCGAGAGGCCCUACAGAUGCCUCGAGUGUGGGGCAAGCUUCACUGACCGCUCUGAUCUCGUCGCCCACCAGAGAACCCACAGGGGGGAGAAGCCCUACAGAUGCCUCGAGUGUGGGGAAAGCUUUCGCGACCACUCCAACCUCGUCACCCACCAGCGGAUCCACACGGGGGAGAAGCCCUAUAAGUGUGGGGAGUGUUGGAAAAGCUUCAACCAGAGCUCAAACCUUCUGAAACACCAGAGAACCCACGCGGGAGGAAAUCCAGUCCAGUGUGCUGAGCCUGGGGGAAACGUUUGCAUCCCCUGGAGGAAUUCCACACGGGGGACCUCUCCUGAACAACCCCCACGCACCAGUAAGAACUCGGGUUCCCCUGGGCCGCACAGCAGCAGCUCGGGGGCGAAGCUUUAUCACUGUUCUGACUGUGGAAGAAGCUUCUCUAAGAGCUCUGCCCUCAUUAGCCACCAAAGAAUCCACACGGGGGAGAGGCCGUACGAGUGUGCCGAGUGCGGGAAGAGCUUCAGCAAGAGCUCCACCCUGGCCAACCACCAGCGAACCCACACCGGGGAGAAGCCGUACCAGUGCGCGGACUGUGGGAAGAGCUUCAGCGAGCGCUCCAAGCUCCUCACACACCAGAGGGUGCACACGGGAGAGAAGCCCUACAGGUGCCUCGAGUGUGGGAAGUUCUUCCGUGACCGCUCUAACCUCAUCACCCACCAGAGGAUCCACACGGGAGAGAAGCCGUACAGGUGCCGGGAGUGCGGGAAGUGCUUUAACCAGAGCUCCAGUCUCAUCAUUCACCAGAGGACCCACACCGGGGAGAAACCCUACAAGUGCUCGGAGUGCGGCAAAGACUUCAAUAACAGCUCCCACUUCAGCGCCCACCGGAGAACCCAUGCAGGGGUGAAGGCGGCGCUGGAGACGACAAAAAGAGCGACAGAUGUCUCUUUACGUCCCAUGUGAGCAUAGGAUGCGCCUAGGGAGAAACUUCAGGUUUUAGACUUGAUGUGUACCCAGGGAAGUUAGCUUGGUAUGAUGUGGGUAAUUGGGAGAGGAAUUACAAAUACCAGGGACCCAGAGCGAAGGCACUGUUCUCGAGUGUGAUUUGUUUUUUCCUCACAAAUCCACACACGGUUCUCAGGCUGUCCUUGUGUUUGUUGUUAUGUCACACGUGAGCUAAACUCAUAGUCUGGGGUGAGCGUUAAGUUGGGGGCCUGAGCAGUGGUCUCAGGCUCUCCGUGUACCCUCACCGGCCACUGUAUACCCACCCGUCGGCAGUGGUUCUUGAGGGGCAGUUUUCAGUUGGGGCCUAUCUUCACAGGAGGACUUUGAAACUUUGGGGAGAGAAAAGCUGGCUUUAGAGCUGGCCACCAUGAGCUCAGCAGACCGCGAACGCUGACAUCAGAACAGCGGUGAUUGCUAGUAGAACUAGGAAGGUCAUCUUCAGUGAUGACAGUUCUUACUCAUACAAACAGAGCCAGUAUGUAGUGAGCACUCGGCAGGCUCUGCGCUAAGCUCUUCAUAUACAUCAUCUCAUUUAACCCUCCCGACAGCUCCAGGAGAGAGGUUCUCGUUUUCUUCCCAGUUCUCAGAGGGGAAAACCCAGGCUUGGGAGUAUUCCGGAACUCAUAUUGGCCACAGUUCUGACAACAGGAGCGGCGGGCCUUGGCCUGAUCCGGCUGUCUGAGGGUCAGGUGCUCCUGCACCCUUGCUGAAAACCCCCCACACCGGGCAGGUCACACUGGUGCCGGGAUCCCCAAGCACAUGGUAGCUCACAUUCGCUGUUCUAAUUACUUUAUGAAUUCUUUUUUCUUUUUUUAAUUAAAAUUUAUUUAUUUACAUUCAUUCACUGUACAUCAUUACAGCAUACAAAAUGAGAUUUUCCAUCCGGAAUACACUGUAUUGGCUCCAUCAAGCACAUAGAGAGGGGCUCCCUACCACUCGAGUUUGUGGGCUGGAGGCUGAACUAUCAGGAAAUCUUCAUUUCUCUUUUUUCCCUGAAAUCACUAGUUCUCAGAAGCCGUGGGGGAAUCUCUACGAAUUCUCCUUUGAACAAAUGGGGAAACCA